AUGUUGGAGGAAGAUGCAAUAAGGUUUGCCAUCUUACAUUUGGAAGGAGCUCCCCACGAGUGGUGGUAUCGCGGGUUGAUUACCCUUGGUCACAACUUAAUCACCACAUAUGAUGAGUUCACCAAGAAGCUGAUUGAAAGAUUUGAUGUGAAGGACCCAGAGGUGAGUUUUCAUGAGUUAGCACAACUCAAGCAAAAUGUCUCCCUUGAAUCAUAUGUUGCUGAUUUCCAACAAUUGUCAGUUAUGGUUCCUAAUAUCAGCGAAAGGAGGUUGGUAUCUCUUUUCAUUGAAGGGCUAAUGGAACCACUCAAGGGUUGGUUGAAGGCCUUUGAUCCUCCCUCUCUACAAGGAAAAAUGAAGAAGGCACGAGGAAUGGAAUUCGCAGCACCUACCAACAAUUUUCCAUCAAAGGGAUUGUCUUCCUACCGUGAUAACAAGAAAUUCCAAAAGAAAGAUGAUAAGGCUAAGGGUGCAACUCACAAUUUCAUUGAUGCAAGGCUUUUGGAAAGACGUAACAUAUGCACCAAGGAUUUUGAGGGGAUCAGAGUGAAGGUUGUUGAUGGUUACACUCUUAAGUGUGAAAAGAUGAUUCCUAACCUUCCUAUUCCCUUGAAUACUUUUAAAUUCAAGGCAGAUUUUUAUGUGGUGAACAUGAAAGACAUUGACAUGGUUUUGAAAAUGACGUGGCUACAUGACAUAGGAAUAUUCACCCUCAACCUGCAAGAGAUGGAGAUGAGAUUUGAAAGAGAUGUUGACAAUGACAUCCAGGAUUUGAGGAUUAAGCAUGAUAAGGUUUUCAAUGAUAUUCCACCUGCAAGACCUCCAAAUAGGGGAAUAGAGAACAUUAUUGAGUUGGAGGAGGGUACUAAUCCCAUGAUAGUCACUCCCUACAGACAUCCCAAAAGACUCAAGGAUAAGAUAGAGAAAACCAUCAAGGAGUUGUUAGGUAUGGGGAAUAUUCGACCUAGUAAGUCACCUUUCGCUUCAUCCAUAGUUUUGGUCAAGAAGAAGGAUGUUUGUGGUUAUGCCAUUUGGGCUAACCAACGCACCUACCACUUUCCGGUCCACGAUGAACUGGGUAUUUCAUUCACAGCUGUGGAAAUUUUUGCUAGUCUUCUUGAUGAUAUUUUGGUUUACAACAAGACUUGGAAGGAACACAUUGCUCAUUUGGAUACAAUUUUGGGUAUUCUUGGCAAAGAGUCUCUAUAUGCCAAGGAAUCCAAGUGUGACUUGGGCAUGACAGAGUUACCUUAUUUAGGUCAUGUCAUUAGUGCAGAAGGUGUGCAUAUGGACCCCAACAAGGUCAAGGCAAUUGUAGAUUGGCCUACACCUGUGAAUCUUACACAACUUAGAGGGUUUUUGGGCUUAUGUGGUUUUUAUCGUAGGUUUGCUAAUGGAUACUCUUGA